GAACAAGUCAAGGGUAAGGUGUACGCUGUCAAUGGCAACCGAUACUAUUCGCGUCCGGCCUCAGGUCUCGUGCAGGGGGCAGCGCUGAUCGCGCGGUGUGCUUACGACGACAAUGCAGCUGUUUGCGAAGCCGUGGAGAAGACAGGUAUGUUGGCAAACUGCUUGUAUGUGUGA